AAUAAAAUAAAUAACAAAUUAAACCAAAUAAAAAUCAGUGCAAAUAAAAAGUGAACUAUUUUGAACUGAAGUGAAAGGAAACUAGAAAAAAGUUAAUGCCCAUUUAACAAUUCUAUAUGGUCCAAGUAAAUGGUGCUGCAUUCGCUUUUUGCACAAUUCCCUGAACAUUAACUCAUAUCUGCACUAAAAACGCCUUUUACACUCUUUAACAGCAAUUAAAGAACUAUUCGGCAAAACGUCGUGAAGUUCCUUGGUAUAUUUUGUGCUUUUAUUUUUCGAAAGCUGCAUUCCACCGUCGGCCUUCAACAAUUUCCGCGAACCUCUCCGAUAACAAAAUAUGCACCAACACAGACGCAUUUUAUUGAUGUUGAACGCUUGCAUUUCUAAAAUAUCAAAUGUAAUAAUUUUUUCUACCAUAGUUGGGGCCGGCCAGAGAAGCCACAAUAAUUUCGACGUGUAAUGAGCGACAGGAACUGGUUUUUUUAUAGCUACAUUUGUUUGUGUAGCAGACAACAAGUGGCAAAGUGAUUACGUGGAAGUCGUAAAAAUUUACAAUAAAAAAUAGCAACAAGAAAAAAAAAACACAUCUAAAAGAAGUUAAUUCAUGUGUGUAGUGCAAGAACUCAAUAAAAGCAGACAAAAAAAAACGACAACUACAAAAUCACACAGAAAAAGUCAACAACUCAGGCAGGAAAAGAAGUGCAACAAAUUAAAAAAGAAAAUUAUAACUCGAAACACUCAACUCGCUCCUAACAUUUACAAUCAACUCAAAUAAGUAGUUGUCGUGUGCGUGCACCAGCAUGGCUUCCCUGCAACAAUACCAACACCAGAAGCGGCCAAGCAUCACAAACUGGUUCUCCUCACUACGCCGACAGCCGAAGAACAAGAAAGCUGCAGCUUUACAAGCCAGUGACAAACACUUCCAGCGCAGCUGCAUCGAUCUCAGCGCCAACAGCACCUUCUAUGUGCCGCAAGUAGAGUUGGGUGUUGGUGGCGGCGGCGGCAGUGGUGGCGGCGUGAUUGGAACUAAUAAGAAGGGGCAAUGCUACUUGCCCAGCACUGGCGCAUCCAUCGACAAUCUGCAGGACGACGAAGAUGCCACAAGUGAUGAUAAGCGCGCACUGGUUAGCGGGCAACGCGUAUCGCAGUUGUGCUCACGUUGUUGUUGCAGCAGCAAAUAUGCCGCGCCAUCACGUCCUGAAACACCGCAAAUGCGGAAGCGAGCCGAUACCACGCCGGCGAAAAUCAAAACGCCAACAACACCGAAUCCAAAACAAAAAUCGCCGUUGACACCUACAACACCCUACAUCAGCGUGGCCACGUACAACAUACCCGCUCUAACGGACAACCCCAUCUAUGAGGGCAUCUCAUCACACACGACAACGCCCAUCACGUGGAGUAGCCAACGUACGGUGGAGAAGGAAUUGAGCCGGAAUGUGGAGGUGACGCAAUCGCCUACGGAUGAACCGAAUACGCUGCUAAUGAGUAAACGUACCGAGUUCAAGCGCUCGGUGACCACUACCACUCAGCAAACUAUGGUCAUUACGCGUCCAGUCGAACUGGUGUUGAAUGGACGUGGCGAGGUGGUGGCGCGUCGACCGCAACGCGAGCGCACCAAGCAACGUUCCAAUAGUUUGGACAAUGUGCUGAAUGAGGAUGAAGAGCGUGUGGUGACAGGUGGCGGCGGGGAUGGCGAUAGUGUGAAUAGCAUGCCAUUUUGUCCGCGUCUUGGUAUGAGUCCGCUCGCUGAUGUUGGUGGCGAUUUUCGUUUUAUUGACGACAGUUCAACGUCACAAAGUGAAACGGAACGCACUGCACACAACAACAAGGAAAAUAAACCAAGUUGCAAUGUAACAAAAGCCAUUGUGAAAGGUCUACAAUUAAAUCUUGGUGGCGGCGGCGGUGGCUGUGACAAUAACGGCUAUGACAACAACAAUUAUCUCUGUGAUGACUGCCGGAAUGUCUUGGUGCGGAACCAUAACAAUGCGGCGCAAAAUGCUGUGAUACUACGCAAUAAUAACAAGCAAAUUAAAGAUGAACUCGGCGAGGUGGUAUCGGAAAUGGAGGCGCUGGACGUGCCCGAAGAUAGUAAACAUUCCAAUAAAGAGAAACAAAUGUCAAUUGGGCGAAAGAAGUUCAAUAUGGAUCCAAAGAAAGGUAUUGAAUAUUUAGUGGAAAACCGCCUGCUUCGACACGACCCCCAAGAUGUUGCGCAUUUUCUAUACAAAGGCGAGGGCCUCAACAAAACUGCAAUCGGUGAUUACUUGGGCGAGAAGAACGACUUCAAUGAGGAUGUGCUCAAGGCAUUUGUGGCGUUACACGACUUUACGAAUCUAAUAUUGGUGCAAGCUUUAAGACAAUUCCUGUGGUCGUUUCGGCUUCCGGGAGAGGCGCAGAAAAUUGAUCGCAUGAUGGAAUGUUUCGCGCAGCGCUACUGCCAACUAAAUCCGGAUAUAUUCACUAACACCGAUACGUGUUACGUGCUAAGUUUCGCCAUCAUUAUGCUUAAUACAUCGCUGCACAACCCGUCGGUAAAAGACAAGCCCACCGUUGAACAGUUCAUUUCAAUGAAUCGUGGCAUUAACAACGGCGGUGAUCUACCCCGCGGCCUGCUGGAAUCCCUUUACGAAUCAAUACGAACGGAACCGUUUAAAAUACCACAAGACGAUGGUAAUGAUUUAAUGCAUACAUUCUUCAACCCGGACAAAGAGGGCUGGUUGUGGAAGCAGGGUGGACGUUACAAAUCCUGGAAGCGACGCUGGUUCAUAUUGAACGACAAUUGUCUGUACUACUUUGAGUACACCACGGAUAAAGAGCCACGAGGGAUUAUACCACUGGAAAAUAUAUGUGUACGUGAGAUACACGAUCGCAGCAAACCACAUUGUUUUGAACUGUUUGCUACCGGUGGCGCUGAUAUUAUCAAAGCAUGUAAGACUGACUCCGAGGGAAAGGUUGUGGAAGGUAAACAUACGGUUUAUCGAAUGUCUGCGGCAACCGAAGAGGAUCAACAAGAGUGGAUUAAACGCCUGACGCAGUCCAUUAGUCAUAAUCCAUUUUACGAUAUAUUAGUACAAAGAAAGAAGAAGGCACUUAGCAAAAGUUAGUAUUGUGCGGUGGGCAUAGCAAUGUUGACAAUCCAAAUGAUGGAUCUCAGUGCGCCUCGCCACCGAAAGAGCGAGGAGAAGAAACAGUGUCUAUCCUGCCGCCAACGCCGCCAACGCCGCCAACGCCGUCAUCGCCAACGCCAACGUCGCCGUCGUCGCGUUUGCUGCAAGCGCCGUAGAGCCGCUGCUGCACUCGGAGAAAAAUGCACAUAAGCAGUUCAGUUGUAAGCAAAUUUGCGCUCAUGCAUACUGAGAGAGAGAGAGAGGGGAGGGGAAUGAGAUGGGAGUAUGGGAUUAUGAAGAAGACAUUUUUGUGUUUUUGGUCAAUGUAAUGAUGGUUUAUGGCAAACAAAAGACUGGUUUUUGAUAUGAGGCCGCCGUAUAUGUUGUUGUAAUGUGCUCAAUUAGAAGCUGCGAAUGUGUAGUAAUUCUUCGAUGAAAACCGUUAGCGCAGAAGCGCAGGUUUGCAUGCAGGCUGCAGCAGUGGUUAGGCAAAAGGGGAGAGGGGGGCAAAAAUGUAAAGAAAAGGCUGUUGUGACGCGAGUUUUAACUUUCUAAAAAAUUAAAAAUACUUAUACACACACAUGUAUGUAUGUCUCACUUGAAACCAGCUGUAGUGUAAUAUGAAAAAAACAAAAACAGAAGUGUAAUUAAUAAGGUAAAAAGAGUUUAUUGAGCUUGUCGAUCAGUUAUAUGUAUGUUUUAAUGUCCUAUGAGAAUUAUGGUAAAAAUCUGCUUGAUCGCGCGCGCACAAAACGCAGUUGUCUUUAUUGUUGUGAUAUAAUUUAUAAUUUAUGCUUAAAUUUUGUAUUGUAUUAAACAAUUGUUUUUUUUUUGUUACUCCAAUUGAUUAAAAAAAAAACAAAAAACAAAAAAAAAUUAUGUAAAUUCUAAAACUAGGCAAAUUAAUAUUAAUAUAAAAUUAUGUUUGUAUGAAAAAAUGCAAAAUAUACAAAAAACAGCUUGUAAUGAAAAUGUUCUACUGCAAACAUAUCGUGCGAAAGCUGGACUUAUAUGUAAUUAAUUUAAUUUUAUUGUAUGUAAAUGAAAGAAUUGUAAUUUGUAAUUGUAUAAAUAUGCCUGCUUAGUUUGUUUUUCUCUAAUUCACAUGUAAGCAUGUUUUAUAAAACAAACUGAAAAAAAAAACACAAAAAAAACGAAAUGCUCAGCAAUAAAUCUAGUUAGACACCUGCACGCACGCAUGGCAAAUGUAGCACGCGCAUGUGUGUGUGUGUGUGUGUCUGUAUAUAUAUAUAUAUAUAUGGUAUAUUAAAAAGAAAACAUUUCCUUAAAAGUGCUCGAAUAGUCUAUCUUUAGAAAUAUGUUUAAUUAAGAGAUGAAAAAAGGUAGGAAAAAAAAACACAAAAAAAAACAGAACACAAAAAAACAAAAACAGAACACAAAAAAACAAAAACUCAGAACACAAAAAAACAAAAACACAGAACACAAAAACACGUAAUCCAGUCAAAGAAAGUUCUUCCAAGCAAUGAUAUUAAAGCAAGUAAAAUACUUAAAAUAUCUAAGCAGUUGUGUACACCGAGGUAUUAUUAAUUAGAUAGCGACAAGAAGAAAAGCUGACAUGCGAGAAGAAAACUUGAAGCUUGAAGCUUGAAAAUGCACCUGCUUUCGCAUAGUGGCAUUAGUCGUCGGGGCUUUUGACAAAACAUAAACAAAAA